AAACAGUUACAUUUCCCAAAAUUCUUGAACUGUUACAAAAAUAAAUCUAGACCAGAAAACAAAUCAAUUAUUUAAAAUAAAUCCGAUUUUCGUUUUUACUUUAUAAGGCAUUUAUCGAUCUGAAUGUUGCAAACGUAUUGUUACGUUAACCUAUUUAUUUUAUUUAUAUUAAUUAGCAUUUAGAAGUAUAUCAUUUAUGAACUCAAAGGAACAGAGCCCAAUACAGGACGACGCUUCAAGUAAGGAUGACUGUAGUUAAUCUAGUAUCCAUAGGACAAACCAAGGGGCUUCGUCUAGUACAGAUCAAAGUGACAUCGACAGUACUGAUAAAGAAAUUAAUAGUGAAGACAAUAUGAAACGUGCAGCAUUUAGAAAACUGAUCGAGAGAUACUUCUACCAAUUAACGGAAGGGUGCGGAAAUCCCACGUGCAAUAAUAAAUAUUGUGCUUCAAGUGCAGAGUUUAAACCCCUCUCGGCAAAUCAAGCAGCAGCUUUAGCAAUAAAUUUGUUUUCCCAAGAAGCACAAUUGUGCGAGACACAUCCGAGCAAAAUGCCAAGAACACAAAGUAAAUCUAAAUUAUCGGAUAGCAAUUUGGAUACAAAUAUUAACAGUUCAAAUACACCUAAGCCAUCUUGUAUUGUUUCCAACGAUAUUAGUUCUAUUAAUAAUGAAUGCAGUAGCAACAACAGUCUUAGGAACGGUAGGAAAAAGUCUUCAGUUUCAUAUUUAACGGAGGAACGUCUAUAUGAAAUUAUCGAUGAAUGUGAAGAAACGCAAAAUUAUUCAAAACUUAUUCACACGCUUGGUGAAGUGUAUUCCAAUAUUGAGUCGCUUUCAAACAGUUUCCUUCAAACGGAAGUUAGUUCACCUACAGAUGUUUCCGUGGACCACUCAACAGGUGAUUUUAAGGGUCUUAAAAAGGAAGAUGUUCGUUCCUUAGAAGGUGAGAAAGACAAAGAUGAGGACUGUUGUAUGGGAUCUCCCAGUGACAUUGAAAGUAAAUCUUUGUUACCUGUUGAUUUACCAUCAGUUAGAAGAGCAUAUUCCGCAUUGUUCAAAAUACCAACGACCAUUUUUGAGAAUGCGCUAGUCAAUGCUCUUGUUUCUUUGGCUGGAAGUUUACAAGUGGACUUGAAAGUAACUACAGAAACGGAAAAAGCUAUUCAUAGGCGCAUAAAUGUAUUGCUUAUCGUUUUUGAAAUACCAGCUCUUGGGUCAGGUGACUUCUUGGAAACCGCUUUGCCCGCUCUCUGUCGGGCCGCUGGGUGUCUCUCAGUUGAAAGUCAAGCGAAGCUUGCUACAGUUUGGUCGAGUCAGGGCAGGUCUAGUCUUAGAAUGAUCUUAGAGAACCUUCAACAGUUAGUUACUCUGAGAGUAAUUGUUACUCAAUUUCAUCACGAUUUUUACGUUCAAGAUGAGGAUGUCGUGACAUCGGCUACAAAAAUUAUGAAAAUAGUAUAUUAUGCCAAUAUAUUAGCCGGAGUUUUAGAAUCACCAGAUCUGCGACACGAUGAUUAUUCUUCAUUUAUGGAAGAUUCCUAUCUGGGAAUUAAGCCAAGCAGAUCGAUGCCUGUUUCAGAUCUACUAGCUCUGGAAUUGGGAGUCAAUAUCCUUGAUUGUCGAACACCAUGUCUUCCAUUCACCGAAUUUUACAACGAACCAUUAAGCGACGUUGUAGAAAUGGAUAGGGAUUUUGCAAAUUAUAAAAGCGAGUCUGGAAAAUUUAGCUUUAUGAACUACGCCUUUAUUCUUACUCCUGCUACCAAAACGCUCGGAUUAUAUUUUGACAACAGGGUUCGAAUGUAUUCAGAACGGCGAAUUAGUUUUAUCCAAAGUGUGUCUGGACAACCGUCUAAUCCAUAUUUACGAUUACGGGUUCGAAGAGAUCACAUAAUUGAUGACGCCUUAGUGGAGCUUGAAAUGAUCGCCAUGGAGAACCCGGUCGAUUUGAAAAAGCAGCUAGUCGUCGAGUUUGAGGGCGAACAAGGAAUAGACGAGGGCGGCGUCUCUAAAGAAUUUUUUCAACUAGUCAUAGACGAAAUUUUUAACCCUGAUUAUGCGAUGUUUACCUACCAAAAUGAGAGCCAAACUGUCUGGUUUAAUCCAACUUGUUUCGAAAGCGAUGCUCAAUUUACAUUAGUUGGGAUAGUUCUUGGCCUUGCAAUCUACAAUAAUAUUAUUUUGGCUGUUAAUUUUCCAAUGGUUAUCUAUAGGAAGCUUAUGGGGAAGCGAGGGUCCUUUGAGGAUUUGCUUGACUGGAACCCUACCCUAUACAAUAGUUUAAAGCAAAUGUUGACAUACACGGAACCUGAUCUCGAAGAAGUGUUCAUGCAAACCUUUAGAAUUAGUUAUACAGACGUAUUUGGAACGAUGAUACAUCAUGACUUGAAAGAAGACGGCGAUAACGUCAAUGUAACACAGGAAAACAAACAUGAAUUUAUAGACUUAUACGCAGACUUUUUACUAAAUAAAUCUGUAGAAAAACAAUUCCGUGCCUUCUAUAGAGGCUUCCAGAUGGUAACUGACGAAUCUCCGUUGGAAUUGUUGUUCCGUCCUGAAGAAAUAGAAUUACUCAUUUGUGGAAGCAAGAAUUUUGAUUUUGAUGCAUUAGAAGGUUCUACAGAGUACGACGGUGGGUACACAAACGAGUCUCAAGUCAUAAAAGAUUUUUGGUCGAUUGUGCAUUCGCUGUCGUUGGAGGACAAAAGAAAAUUACUUCAGUUCACUACCGGCUCUGACAGAGUACCGUUGGGUGGAUUGAGUAAACUAAAAUUAGUAAUUGCCAGGAACGGUCCCGAUUCGGACAGACUUCCUACGGCACAUACUUGCUUUAAUGUUCUACUUCUGCCAGAAUACGCAUCAAAAGAGAAACUUAAAGAUCGACUCGUUAAAGCGAUUAAUUAUUCUAAAGGUUUUGGGAUGUUAUAAAUGUUUGUGAUGUGAUUUUCUAUUCUCAAAGUUAAUUGUACAAUUGUACUCUAUAUAGUGAUCGCAAAUUUGCUACUAACAAUGAAGAGAAAUAAGAACUUUUAGUUAUA